AACUACACGGGAAAGUUGUUUUAGUGACUGAUAGUAUGUCAUAAAAUUCUCGAACCGUUACACUGCUUAACUGACAUGCGCUAAAUUGAAGUUAACACAUAUAAAUUAAAAAAAGUUUGAUAAUACUGUUACGGAAUCACUUGAAAUGGCAGACGUAAAUGUAGGCGGUUAUGGAGACGAACAACGAAGCGAUGUAGAAGUACAAGCUUUGGUAGAUAACAAUCCAGAGAUGAGAAAAGCUGUGCAGAGAGCUACAAAUGGAAACGAUCCUGGACAUAUGACAUCACUUACCUACCGAACACAAGUUGUAGCAGGGACCAAUUAUAUUGUUAAGGUGUUGACAGAAAAUAAAGAAUAUUUUCUGCUAUUGAUAUUUCAACCUCUACCUUACACAAAGGAACAGCCAACAUUGACAAGUCUUCAAGUAACCUCGCCAAUUCCAACAUUCUGAAAAGGAGAGUUGAAAAAAAAAAUACUUUACUUUUCUGAUCUUUUUGGAUUGAUAUUUUAUUGUUAUCUCUUAAAUUGUUUUUAUGACGUCGUUUUUUAACAUUUAUAUUUAAAUUUGUUUUCUUAUUCUGUGAUCAAUACAAAUGAAUUCACUUUAAAAAAAUACAAACAUAAAAACAAAUUACAUUUAUA